GGCAUUUGUUUUGGGCCCUAAUCGGAUCUAUUGGAGUGGUGAAGCAAAUAGGCAAGCAAGGGCAGACAGUUCCUCCUCUGCAUCACCAUUCACGGAGGUAGAUCAACUCCAUAAGCUUAUACCUUUACUCCCAGCUGUUGGACAAUGAAGAAGGGAAUACAUCCACAGAUGCAAUGGAUCUCUUAUGUGACACAGAGCGGUCGAUUGAUGCACGUCAUGAUGACAAGGAUCCACCAUGUUGGCAAAGUCUAUCACUUUGGUGCUAAGCGUCAACUGGCUCAAAGCAUUGGUCAGAUUGCCAAGUUCAAGCGUAGGUUUAACGAGCAAGAGGAAGAACCUUCUUCUACCCAUGAGAACAACAUCGACAACCAGAAGAAGUAACUGUGUAAUGGAAAACUCUUGUUAUUCUCUCUUUACUCAUAAACCAAUCUGAAAAAGGCUCAAGACUUUUUCAUUUUACACUAUGAACCUUUGCUUUGCUUCUCAUGAUUGAUUUUCACAGUUUUCGAGUCUUUUCAUCAAUAAAAAUAAUUAUUUAAUUUCUU